UUUCGACCAGCCGAGUAAAAACAACAACAACAACAACAACGACGACAACAAAAAGCAUUCCAACUGACGAAGAUAAAUACAAAACACUACAAGUCUGAGAACACAACUGGUGUAUGUGUGUGUGUAUGUGUGAGGAAGAGAGAGCGAGAGAGAGAAAGAGAGGGCUAGCGAGCGUGCAAGCGUGCAAGCGAGAGCUGCAAUGAUCACUUAGUGGGCCGGCGCCCCUAAUUAAAUAAUUAAUAAUAAAAACAAUUUUUUUUAAUUUAAUUAAAAUAUCAACAAAGCAAGAAAAACAAUGGAAUCAACAAUAAUAACAUUUUUCAAUGGAUAUGUUUACUUACGUAUUCCUGAGGAAAAGCUGCCAAUGCCAAUAGCAAACACAAAUCAAAGCGAUAGUGCAUGUUUGACCCUUACGAGAACAACAACAACAACAACAACAAAGCGAAAAAGAAGAAUAUCUAUGCUCUUUGAUAGUAAACCGAUUCCGAGUAAACACAAUUGUGAAUUGCGCGAAACGCUAGCUCCCGGCAACAUGAUGCAGAAAUCCAGUUGCAGUGCAACAGCAACAAAAACAAAAACAAAAACAUUAACAACUGAUAAGGUAUUAGAAACAACAAAAACAAGGCCAGCAUCAUUGUCAACAACAACAACAACAACUAGAGCAACAACAACGCAUGGAAACAUUUGUGUUGUAUGCCGACAAGUGUUCGCAACAACAACAUGUUCCUGCAUUCAGACAGCAACAAGCAGCAGUUCCUAUGCAGACAGCAGCAGCUGUAGCAGCCAGCGCAGAAGCAAAAACAGAAACAGUAGCAGUAACAGUAACAGUAACAGUAACAGCGGCGCAACAUCCACCACAUUCCCCAGCAAACUGUCGUCGGCGCAACAUUGCCGCUGUCUGCAACAACAGCAGCAACAUCUGCAGCACCAGCAACAUGUUGGCAGCGUCGCGCAUAUAUGUUGCUGUGCAAAUAGUAGUAGUAGUCGAAGAAAUAGUAGUAGUAGUAGUAGUAAUAGUACAAAUGACAAUAACCAAAAAGUAGCAGCAACAACAGCCAAUUGCCACUGCAACAGCAACAACAAAAACAACAAUAUUAAAAGCCACAUCCAUAAAAAGCAACGACUGCAGCAACACUUUAACAUUUACAGCAAUUGCUUAAGCCUUUUGGCCACACUGCAAUUGUUAUUUCUGUUUGUGCAAAAACAAAUGCUGAUGCUACAUUGUCGCAAUCUAUUCAAAAGACGCCGAAGACAACAAAUACAGCCACAGCAUCAACAUCAACAGCAGCAGCAGCAACAACAGCAACAACUAGUACGACGAGUAUAUCCGAAAUACAGUUAUCAUCAGGAACAACAUCAUCAAUGGCGCCACCAAAGCAUAGCGUAUACAAUACUCGCUCUGUUAACAUUGCAUGCGACAACAACAAUUGCGUUGCAUCCGCCGCCCACGCAAUACGAUCAACAGCAGCAACAUCAACAGCGAGCUACAUUAACAGCGAAGCGUAGCUUUGAAUACAGUUUGGCCUCUCUGACAGGCCAGGCGCGUAACAUCGGGGGUGGCGUUAACAGCAACAGUAACAUUAACAGGGAUGUACGAUUGGCGCGCAGGGAAAUGCCCUGUAAAUCAAUGGAUAUACGCAACAAUAUUUCGGAACUGAGUCAGCUGGCGAACUGUACGAUCAUCGAAGGAUUUUUGCUCAUAACGCUGAUCAACGAUGCGGAUAAGCUGAAUACAACCUAUCCGCUUCUCACUGAGGUCACCGGCUAUAUAAUCGUUUAUCGUGUACAUAAUCUGAUAUCGUUAUCGCAAAUCUUUCCCAAUUUGAGCGUUAUACGCGGUAAUAUACUCUUCGAGAGCUACGCUUUCAUCGUAUAUCAGAACAAGGAUCUGCUGGACAUUGGACUGUCCAAUCUGCGGGCCAUUACCAAUGGGGGCGUUCGCAUCGAGAAGAACUACUAUUUGUGUUUCGUGAAAACGGUCAACUGGCAGAAGAUCGUGUCCAAAAAUGCCACAGAGUCGGACAUUGUGCUCAAGUUCAAUCGCAAUGAGGCGGAAUGUGCACGCUGUCCGGGCGAAACGAAUGGCGACGAUACCCAGGAUAGUACCAUGACGGAUGCCAGCGAAUUGCCCGUCUGCAAGGUCCAUCCGGACAACAAGCGCUACUGCUGGAGCAAUCGUGCGUGCCAGACAAUUUGUCCCAAGGAGUGCCCCUACAACUGCAUCGAUGAGAACACCUGCUGCAACGACUCCUGCCUGGGCAGCUGCUCAAAGCCAGUUCUGGGCGAUUGUGUUGCCUGUCGCAACGUUUCCAUUCAUGGCGGCAAUUGCAUUAAUCAGUGUCCUGAUGGCUACUUUCUGUACGAACAACGUUGCAUUACGGCUGAGAUGUGCGAACGGAUGGGCACCAAAUACGAAAGCAGCAAGGAGAUGAAGCUGGUGCAUUACAAUGGCAAAUGCACGACACGCUGCGAGAAGGGCUAUUCCGCUAUGAACAACACCUGCCAAAAGUGCAAUGGCACCUGCCAGAAGCUGUGCCAGGGCGGCAUCAUUGACAGUCUGGUGCGAGCUAAGGAGUUCCAUGGCUGCACUGUGAUCGGCAAUGACGGACUCACCAUAAGCAUCAAGCGUGGUGGACCGCACAUGGUUGAUGCACUGGUUUCCGGUUUGGGCAUGGUCCAUACAAUUAAUUCAUAUCUGAAGGUGCAUUUGACCUAUGGCCUGACCACACUGGACUUUUUUAAGAGCCUGCGCCACAUUAAAGGCGACAAUUUGCUAGAGAGUCGGUAUGCUCUGUACGUGCUGGAAAAUCGGGAUCUGGAGGCUAUUUGGGCCGAAAAUCAAACAGUCAGCAUUAGCAAAGGCAGCAUCUUCUUUCACUUCAAUCCCAAACUUUGCAUUGAGACCAUCGAUAAACUGAGACCGAUGCUGCCCGGCAAACCGGAGAAGUUUAACAAAAACGAGGUAGCCGAGGAUUCGAAUGGCAACAAGGGCACAUGCAAUACGAUAUUGUUGAAAGUGAACAUCAAUAAAAGGGCCAGCACACUGGUUGUAAUCAAUAUCACCACCACCGUGGAAUUUGAUGAUGACCGUUCCUUCAUAGGCUAUCAGAUCUAUCACACAUCCGAUCCACAUGGUAAUGUCACCAGGGACAACUAUCAACCCUGCUUGGAUAGCUGGAUUGUGAGCGAACCGAGCAAGGAAACCUCGAGCUUUAUCGGCAAUCUGUUACCCUACACCAAAUAUGCAUUCUAUGUCCGCACCAUGACCAUUUCGUCGGAGAAGCGCAACUAUCAGAGCGACAUCAUACGCUUCCAGACGAUGCCCACAAAGCCGACGGAUGUGCGCAGGAUCAGUGCACGCUCCACAGACAGCUCGAAAAUUUUGCUGAGCUGGAAACCGCCGCUUAAUGUGAAUGGCAAGCUGGUUAAGUAUCAGGUGCGCGCAGAGAUCACACGGCGGGACGCUAAACUGGAACAUCAUCGUAACUUUUGCCGCGAUCCUUUGCCGAAUAGCUCUGACGACGAGGAGACAUUCUCGUCACCCGCGGAAAAGACGAUUAUGGAGACGCCAGGGUCUGACUGCAAGUGCGAUGCGGGCGGUCGCAACGUGUUCGAUCAGCAAGAUGUUGAACAGAAAAUCUUUGAUGAAAUCGAAUUCGAGAAUGCCCUCCAGAACUUUCUGUAUGUAUCGAAGAAGCGCGACAAAGUGCAGCAAUUGGAGAAUGAGGUCGCGCUCAGCGACAACAGCAUCGAUGGCACCGGCUCUUUUGGCAGUCCGAACGCUCUGCAACGCAGGCGCAGGCGAUACAUUGAAGUGGACGAGGAUGAGCAGAAUAUUGGCAGCGUUCUGAUGCGGCAAAUCGGCCCUGCUAAACUGGAUGACGCCAGAAAGUUCGAGAGUGAGCGUCCAAAACCAAAUGGCACGGCAGACAGUUCUAUGGAGGGCUGGUCGAAUAUGACAGUUAUGGAUGAGAGCAAAUCCUACUACAGGAUCUUCUCCGCCGAGGUGGAUGCCAACACGACCGAAUUUCAGUUCGAGAAAUUGCGACAUUUCUCCCUCUAUUCGCUGUCGGUGCGCGCAUGCCGGGAAAGGGAGGGCGUUAAUGACACCGCUGAUGUGUGCAGCGAUGCCGAACCCUGGGAGAAGCGCACCCGAAAGUUGGCUAAUAUGGACAAGGCAUUUAAUUUAACGGGCGAACUUCUGGGCAACCUUAACACCACACGGGGUAAUGUGCGGCUGCGGUGGGAGGAGCCACUGGAUCCGAACGGUGCGAUCGUCUCCUACAUAAUCAUCUAUGAACGCCAGGAACGGGAUGCCGUUGAGGAAAAACGAUGCAUCACAGUCCAGGACUAUCUCAAUCAGAGCGGCUACGUUGUGACAAAUCUAAACGAGGGCAAAUACAGCUUCCGCAUAAGGGCCAAUUCACUGGCCGGCGAGGGUGAUCUUACGGACUUUGUCUAUGUUACGGUGCCGCCGCCCGGAUUGUCGCCAUUUGAAUGGGCCGGAUAUGCUCUGAUUGGAUUCAUGGGGAUUGUAGUGUGCUUUUUGAUCUAUUACAAGUUCUUCCGUGCGAAGAAGGGACAUCCGCGCGAUUUGGUCAUCAAUACGGAAGUGAAUCCAUUUUAUGCAAGCCUGCAAUACGUGCCCGACGAUUGGGAGGUGCCGAGAGAGCGCAUCAUUCAGCUGGGUCCACUGGGCCAGGGCUCCUUCGGCAUGGUCUACGAAGGCAUACUGAAGGCGCAAAACACCGGCGAGGAUAUACCGUGUGCGAUCAAGACAGUGAACGAGAAUGCCACCGAUCGGGAGCGUACCAAUUUCCUGAGCGAAGCGAGCGUGAUGAAAGAGUUCGACACGUACCAUGUGGUCAGGCUGCUGGGCGUCUGUUCGUGUGGACAGCCGGCCCUGGUCGUCAUGGAGCUGAUGAAAAAGGGCGAUCUAAAGUCCUAUUUGCGCGCCCAUCGACCCGACGAACGGGAAGAUGUGCUCGCUGUCUAUCAGCAGCGCAUAGGGCUCACCACCGGCACGGGAACAAUAGCGGGUGCAGUGCAGCCGCCACCAUACAGUCGCAUCUUCCAGAUGGCCAUCGAAAUAGCCGACGGCAUGGCCUACCUGGCCGCCAAAAAGUUCGUCCAUCGCGAUCUGGCCGCACGCAAUUGCAUGGUUGCCGAAGAUCUGACCGUGAAGAUUGGCGACUUUGGCAUGACCCGUGACAUCUAUGAGACAGACUACUAUCGCAAGGGCACCAAGGGUCUGUUGCCAGUGCGCUGGAUGCCGCCGGAGAGUUUGCGCGACGGCGUCUACGCGAGCUCCAGUGAUGUGUUCAGCUAUGGCGUUGUCCUCUGGGAAAUGGCUACGCUCGCUUCACAGCCCUACCAGGGCCUGUCCAAUGAGCAGGUGCUGCGCUAUGUCAUCGACGGUGGCAUCAUGGAAAGGCCCGACAAUUGCCCGGAGGUGCUGCACAAGCUGAUGCAUCGCUGCUGGCAUCAUAGGCCCUCAGCGCGACCCUCAUUCCUGGACAUAAUUGCUUAUCUGGAGGGGCUCGCCCAUCCGCACUUCAAGGAGGUGGCCUUCUACUAUACCGAUGCGGGUGUGCAGUACCGCGAAAAGGAGCGCAAGGAGCGCAAUCAAAUAGAUGCCUUUGCGAGCGCUCAUCUAGACGCCGAUGUGGAUGGCGAGGAUGCCACAACGCCGUUGCGUGUGGGCGAAUAUGAGGGCUAUAAGUCAAACAUGGAGCACAACGAAUCGGUUGAACAGCCAGCCGAGAGUCCCAUUGCUCUGGUCGAUGAUCAGGCGACAACACACUCACCGUUUAGCAUGCAGUCAGGCUAUAUAGUGAGUAGCACGCCGGAUGCAUCCUGCACACUGCCCACAGCUGGUGGCUCCCAUUUGGAAGAUGCGGCAUAUGUGCAACCGGAUGCGGAUGCGCCGUUAAAUCAAUACGGCGAACGCGGCUAUGAGCUGUACGAUCCGAGUCCAAACUUUGUGGAGCUGGUGCCCAGCAACAGCGGACGGCUCAGUGGUGAGCAGCAUCUGCUCCCAAAAACGAAGCGCAGCGGCGGCGCCAGUAUUAUGCCCAACAUGAGCAGCUCCAUGCCGGACGAGGUAAUUGGCGGUGGCGCCAGCGCCAGCGGCAGCGUUGUGACCAGCGGUGUUGUCUCCUCAUCGCUGCAGCCCUCAACAGCCUCGGCAGCCAGUUCGAAUGCGAGCAGCAGUCGUAAUCCGAGCCUCAAACGUGUCGUCGCGGACACCUUGCGCAAUCGCGUCGGCUACGGGCUGCUCAGUCGCUUCAAUUUGAAGCGCGGCGACAGCAAUGACAGCCACAAGAGCAACAUCUCGAAUGCGGCCAGCAGCAGCAGCAACUCAAAUCUAACCAGUCAUCCCGCCGGCAUGGCCAUGGUCUCAAUGGGACCCAAUUUGGGUACCAUCGAAAGCGGUGGCAGCGGUAGCGCCGGCAGCUAUGCGGGCACACCGCGUUUCUAUACGCCCACAGCGACCACGCCCAGCGCUGGAGGCAACGGCAGCACAAUAAUCAUGAGCGACAAUUCCAAUUACAAGCUGCUGGAUGAGUCCGGGAACAGUGCGGAUGCAGUAAAUUCGUCGUGGCCCCAAAACAAGCUAACCACCAGCAGUCUGAAUCCCAACUAUGAGCUCAUGCAGGCGCCCGCAGCGGAAACGGCGGCAACACCCUUCAGCAUGAUCAGCGACAAUCCCAACUAUGUUCUGAUGAGCGAGCCAAAGACUACAACUGGACAGGGUCAGUCAUUACCAGUCUUUACCAGCGAUAAUCCCAACUAUGCGGCCAUGACGGGCCCAGCGCAGGUGCAGCCCAGCAGCUCAGAUCAAGACGAAAAUGACGAUGAGGACGACGCCGAUGAGCACACGGAGCACAUUAAAAUGGAGCGCAUGCCGCUCAGUCGACAGAAGCAGCGGACGCGCAUCAAGCCCCAACAGCAGCAGCAACAGCAUCAGCAGCCGCGCAGUCGCAGUGUUAGUCAGACGCGCAAAGCAGAGACUUCGGCGCCAACGUCAGCAGCGACAGCAGCAGCAGCAGCAGUAGCAGCAGCAGCAGCUGCGUCGGCCGCUAAAACGUCCAAUAUACUCAAGGAAAAUUGGCUGAGGCAGGCGAGCACGCCGAAGCCACCGCCGCCGAACGGUUUCAUAGGACGCGAAGCGUAGAAGAGCGCAAGUGUCGUGAGAAUUUUGUAAAUACAUACAUGCAUAUGUAUAUGUAUAUGUAUAUGUAGCAAUUAGUAUAAAAUAUGUAGAAAUAUUAAACGGGGUGGGGCCGGGAUACUCAAAGCCUGCA